AUGGCUGUGUUCUUCGAUGUGGUCUACAAGAGCGAGGAGAAGGAUCGUGUGCCUUCAGCUCUUAACAACGGCAUUCUCACCAACAUUCUACCCUUCUUGAGGUCCCACAACAUUGGCAACGCUUUCCACUACAACGCAGCGAGUCAAGUUAUGGCGGCUCUGAGCUCCUACCAAUUCACCCGACGCGCUUGGCGUCGCGACAUCUUUGAGCUCUUUAUUGAUGCGGCAUUCUUCCAGGCCACGCCUGCGGCUCUCCACGCCUGGUGCACCAUUGUCGACAAUUUAAUGACUCAGGAGAAGAGCAUCUUCAAGGAGGCCCUGGCUCGUCUCACAGUGUCCCAGGGCGCUGGACUGAAUAUCUUCUCAAGUAAAGAGGCCGAGUGUGAACAAAGGGCCGCCCAUCUCAAGAAGAUCAGCUUCAUUGUCUUCGCCAGUGAGCGUGAGCAGUACUGUCGAUCCUCUACACUGCCUUAUCCUCAGUCCAGUUUGCUAGAUAAUGCUUGUGACUUAACCACAUCGCCACCAGGUUCUAGUGAUGUUUCCCCCCAUGGAAAGUAACGAUUGACAGAUAAUCUUCGCAUGAUGACAGAUUCCAAUGUGCCGAUCCUCACCCAAAUGUUCCUCUGUACACGCGUACUGGUAACAAGGAUUUCCUCGGAGUCUCUCGCUUCCCUCUGGCUUUUGGUCAUUCCGGAGUUGGUAAGUGAGAAUCUUAGGCGCACGAAGCAUUCAGCGUUCAAGCAUAGGGACUUACAAAAGUUGCCCCAGUCCCAGUUGAAUCUCCUUCUCUCGGCUUCAAAGCUUCUUGCCACAAUUCUCCUCCUCCCCGAAUCGACUGUUCCCCAACUUCUCUUCCAACGCUGGGUGUUUGUAAACCGCGGCGUGGGUCUACAUCAAGGUACGAUGGAUGAAUCCAACGAAAACGACGGCACUUUCCAUCCGUUUAUGAGUCAGAUUGCUUCUGGACUCGCCUCUAUUUACCAAAGUGAAAAUCAGAUCUACACUACCCCAUUAUUGUCAGUGCGAAACGCCUGCUAUUUCAUUCUCGCCACGAAAACCGUCACCGAUUUCGAACGCCUGGAACUAUUUUUCAGAAGUCUUGGUGAAAGGCGUGGGUCGACUGUGGAAGCAUACAAUGAAAUUCUGGAUGAGGCAGAAGUGAAGGUGUUGAAUCAAGUGCUUGAGGUCUCAACAUUCAACGAAUUCCCCGAACCCCUUGGUUACCUCGCCGCCAGCAAAUCUAUUGAACGAGAAGGUGAACGUGUGAGUUAG